AUGUGGGCGUGGGGAAGCAACGCGUACGGGCAGCUCGGGUGGGCACCGACGCCCACAGUGAGGCAACAGGCCAAGCCCAGCCCCAUCGUGCUGGAGUGCGUGGGCGCGAGGCAAGUGGUACAGGUGGCGUGCGGCCUCUACCACACGGUGUGCCUCACGGCUGACGGCUUGGUCUUCUCCUGGGGUCGCAACGUCGAAUGCUGCGUGCGGUGGUCGGUCAUCCAGCUCCAGCUGGGUCAUGCCGGACCAAAGUCCAGCGGCGCGGCUGCAGCGGCUGCGGUGCAGGUCGACGCUGCACAGGUCCUCGAGGGUCUGGAGGACAUGCCCGUGCAGCAGAUCGCGUGCGGGCGCUAUCACACCGCCGUUCUCACGACUGCGGGCGCGAUCAUGGAAUGGGGUUGGGGCGAGCAAAAGGCUCCGAGGCUGGUUGAGGGCCUGUUGGGUCUUCCCAUCAGGCAGCUCGCUUGCGGGGUCUACACAACCAUUGCCCUCACCUCCGACGGCCAAGUCUACACAUGGGAGGCACGCAAGCUGGGACAAGCUGGUUACGCGCCGCAACUGGUUGAAGCGCUCCAGGACAAGGGAGUGGUCAAGCUUGCAUGUGGCCUGUGGGACGUGAUGGCGCUGACUGAGGACGGCGAAGUGUACACUUGGACGGACCACAGCUGGUCGCCAUUCAACUCCAACAAAGUGAUCCCGAGCUUGGUGACUGCCCUGAGCGGACAGGGCAUCACCGACAUCGUGUGCGGCAAGGCCUUUAGUGUGGCCCUCACCGAUGGAGGUGAUGUGUGGUCGUGGCCCAAGGGCCGAGAAGAUGAGGCCAAGCCCAUGGAAGCCCUGCGCGAUAAGGGGGUGCGCAUGCUGGCUUGCGGCGAUACCCACACGGUGGCCCUUGCCACGGUUGGUUGGCGAGAUGAGUGCACGGUGUUCACCAGCGGCCUGAAUGACUACAACCAGCUUGGAAGUGUCAAGGAUCGCACCACUGAUGAGCCGAGUGCCGUGGAUGAUCUGGAGAAUAUGUCCUUCUGUCAGGUGGCCUGUGGCGGCUAUCACACAGUCGCGCUCACCGGCCCGUGGAUGGGACUCAGUUCCGACUUGGUGGACGAUCUGGCUGCCAUACUUCACUCUGGUCAAAUGGCGGACUACGAGUUCGUGGUCGACGGGCGAUCCUUCCCCGUUCACAAGAUCAUUCUCGCCGCUCGGUGCAGCCAUCUCGACCCUGGCCGAGACCGACACCACGACUCGGGUCGAGAUGAACGACGUCACCGCCGAGAUCUUUGGAGUAUUCCUCGAGUUUGUGUACAAGGAUCGCUGCCGCGUAUCGAGAGCCAAUGGGAAGGCUCUGUUGAGCCUAGCGGAGCGAUUUGGAGUACCCCGACUGGCCCGUCUAUGCCACAACGCCCUAUCAUCGACGACGUCGAGAGGUGA